GUCAGGCCCUCGCGAACACCGCAGUCAGAGCUCAGUCUCCUCAAGGUUAAGACAUGGGCCGAUCCUGGGUGUCACGGGCACUGCUGUUCCUAUGGGCCGUGACGGAGGCAACGCUGGCCGCCCCUGCUGAAGACCUUCCCCUGGAGCAUAGAGGGGCGGUUGACUUGCCCCUGGAGCAUAGAGGAGUAGCAAACCUACCUCAGGCUCUUCCUGACCUUACCUCUAACCUCCCUGCAGUCUCUCCUGACCUCUUCAUUUGGACCGAUGUUGACGGAACGUAUAGGUUCGGGAUGCAGGCCGACGACCAGUGGCGAGUGGAGUCCCGCGACGCAGACGGGAUCGUCACGGGUCGCUACGUCUACCUGACGCCCGACGGACAGACGGUUGACGUGUCGUACAACUCAGGACCUCAGGGAUACCGCGCCAAGGGAGACGCCAUCCCGGGGGGCGCCGCGCCCUUGGACCAGGAAUCACAGCCUGAAGAGACGCCAGUCACGUAUCAGUCUGAUGACGAUGAAGGAGAAGCCGUAGCCUACGGCGCCCUUCGCGUGGCGGGGCAGGAGGCGACGAUGCCCGGCGGGAACGGCGUGCAGACCUACAGCGACAGCGAGGCCUCCGCCAUCGUCACGGACAUUGUAGAACCGAAGGCCACCAGGUUCGUCGUGUACCCGAUCAUAGCCAAUGUCGUCGGUUCUCCCGGGCUUGUGGUCGGCCCGCCAAUCGUGUCGGAUAAGCCUGCCUUCUCGGCCGCAAUACCCGCGUAAACGACCUGCGCGUCUGCCCUGGAGCUCCUGCAGGUCCGGCUGUUGAUCCUGCUACUGUUGCGGAGUUCAGUAUAGUUCAGUAUAGGUGAAUGUCAGUUUAGAGCGAGUUCAGAAAGCGGCAUUGCAAGGGCCUCAUAAUUGCAAAGUGAAUCAUUCUUUUUUUAGUUUGGAUAGAACAGCAUCAAGAUCCCAAAGAAUAAGAAGUUUAAGGGAUAUAUCAGGGUACGAAAGUUACUAAGACGAUAAUCAAAGACGGUUACCAGGCAUCAUGCAGUCCGGACGUAGAGAGACCUGCCAGGGUACUUGGAAUUCCAGAAACGAUGUUACCUGUUAGCUUUAAAGGGCAUUUUCACGUUUACCAAUACAGAUUUAAGGGCAACUCAAAUUUCUCAGUUAAAAUAGGUGAUUUGAAGGAAUUCGUGUAGAGGUGUUUUUUCCUGUGAGAAGCUGGAUCUGAGAUUACAGAUUGUAAGAGUUAUUGUAGGAGUAGGGAAAAAAGCACAUGUGAAGUUCCAGUAUGAGUAUUAUAAGCUGAAUGGUAUUAAGAAAAUAAAACAAUAAUAAAAAUGUU